GACGCUGCCCGCUGGGGGAGCAGUAAAUGUCUCUCCCUCUCCGGCCUCCAGUCUCUGCCAACGAGCCUCAGGGGACUCCACUCGCCACUGAGGCACACGGAAGAGUGUUUUACCCUUGGCUGGAUUCUCCCUCUAUGAAGAUGUCGCACGAGUCUUCCUCUGCAGAUGAAGGAUCCACGUUUGAACACCUCUGGAGUACUCUGGAGCCCGACAGCACAUAUUUUGAUCUUCCCCAGUCCAGCCAAGGGGGCAAUGAGGUGGUGGCUGGUGGGACUGUGGUCAGCAUGGAUGACUUCCCUGUCAUGUCCCAGUUUAAUCUGCUCACCAACAGCAUGGAUCAGAACAGCAGCAGCCGCGCGGCCUCCACCAGCCCCUACAACCCAGAGCACUCUGCCAGCGUGCCGACACACUCUCCCUAUUCCCAGCCCAGCUCGACGUUUGACACCAUGUCCCCCGCACCCGUCAUCCCUUCCAACACGGACUACCCAGGCCCCCAUCACUUUGAGGUCACCUUUCAGCAAUCCAGCACCGCCAAGUCGGCCACUUGGACAUACUCGCCACUACUGAAGAAACUGUACUGCCAGAUCGCCAAGACGUGCCCCAUCCAGAUCAAGGUGUCGACGCCCCCUCCGCCCGCCACCGUCAUCCGGGCCAUGCCCGUCUACAAGAAAGCAGAGCAUGUGACCGAGGUGGUGAAGCGCUGUCCCAACCAUGAGCUUGGCAGAGAUUUCAAUGAAGGACAGUCAGCCCCAGCGAGCCACCUCAUCCGAGUGGAAGGCAACAACUUCUCACAGUAUGUGGAUGACCCUGUCACUGGGCGACAGAGUGUGAUGGUACCCUAUGAGCCACCCCAGGUGGGGACGGAAUUCACUACAAUCCUGUACAACUUCAUGUGCAACAGCAGCUGUGUGGGAGGCAUGAAUCGGAGACCCAUUCUCAUCAUCAUCACAUUGGAGACCAGAGAUGGGCAGGUUCUGGGCCGGAGGUCAUUCGAGGGGCGGAUCUGUGCCUGUCCUGGCAGAGACCGAAAAGCAGAUGAAGAUCAUUACCGGGAGCAGCAAGCUCUGAACGAGAGUGCGGCCAAGAAUGGUAACGCUCCCAAGCGCACAUUCAAGCAAAGCCCGCCUGCCAUCCCUGCCCUGGUGGCUAAUGUGAAAAAGAGGAGACAUGGGGAUGAGGAGAUCUACUAUAUGCCUGUACGUGGCCGAGAAAACUUUGAAAUACUGAUGAAAAUCAAGGAGGGCCUGGAGCUCAUGGAGCUGGUGCCACAACAUCUGGUUGACUCCUAUCGGCAGCAGCAACAGCAGAUUCUCCAAAGACCGAGUCAUCUGCAAUCUCCCUCUUCCUACGGCCCCGUUCUCUCACCGAUGAACAAAGUCCACGCAGGGAUCAACAAACUGCCCUCAGUCAACCAGCUUGUGGGGCAGCCUCAGCAGCAUAGCUCUGCAGGGGGGCCCAACCUGGGACCCAUGGGCCCUGGAAUGCUGAACAGUCACAGUCACCCCAUGCAGUCCAAUGGUGAAAUGAAUGGUGGCCACUCCUCCCAGUCCAUGGUCUCAGGAUCGCACUGCACCCCUCCUCCCCUGUACAAUGCUGACCCCAGCCUCGUCAGUUUCUUAACAGGACUGGGGUGUCCAAACUGCAUCGAGUAUUUCACAGCCCAAGGGUUGCAGAACAUUUACCACCUGCAGAAUCUAACCAUAGAGGAUCUUGGGGCCCUGAAGAUUCCUGACCAAUAUAGAAUGACCAUCUGGAGGGGUCUUCAGGAGCUGAAGCAAAGCCACGAUUAUGGGGCCCAGCAGCUUAUCCGCUCGAGUAGUAACGCUUCGACCAUCUCCAUCGGGAGCUCUGGGGAGCUUCAGCGCCAGCGCGUGAUGGAGGCUGUGCAUUUCCGAGUCCGUCACACGAUCACCAUUCCCAACCGCAGUGGGGCAGACGAGUGGGCAGACUUUGGCUUUGACCUCCCUGAUUGCAAAUCCCGCAAACAGUCUAUUAAAGAAGAGUUCACAGAUGGCGAGAUCAACUGAGGAUGGGGAAGAGAAGGCUGGGAGAGAUCCAGGACGGGGGUUUCCAAGGGGUGAAGUCCCCCAUCCAAACUGGCUUCCAAAGGAAACAUUCAAAAAAAAAUAAAGGAAAAGAAAAGAAAAGAAAAACUCCAGGUAGGGGAGAUGGGGAAAAGUUUACAGCAUUAAGCUCCUGGAGAAAGUUUUGCUUUUUUUUUUUUCUUUCAUCUUUUGUCCCCAGGACUGAACCUUUAAGCUGUAAGCAGCUCACAGCCAGCCAGGGUGGCCUGUCCAUCUGCUGGGCCCCUCUUCCAGGAAAACAUUUCUGAUAUCCUUCAGUUUGGGAGAGGUGCCCAUUCAGUAUGGGCAACCUGAAUAUUCUGUAAAUAUUUUGUAGUUCAGCACAGACUUAUUUUGUGCAUCUGAUUGAUUAAUUGUACAGUAUAUGUCAUGUUUCCUGGGAAGAUUGUUAAUAUAAAAGUGUGGGACAGUGUCUUUGUCUGCCCUCCACCCUCCUGUCCACUCAGAUAUCUAAAUGGGGAAGACCAGUGUCAUCAUGAAAACUGACUUUAAACCUUUUGCAUCUCAGCUUCUGUAGGGAUUCUCCCAGCUUUCAGACCCUUUGUAACAAGGGGAUCUGCCUUCCUGAUGGACUGCCCUCCCCCCCCAAAAAAAAAAGAAAUAAAAGUAUUUUUCAUCAUCCUUCAGUUCUUCACAAAGAAGCCUGACUACGUCGCUGUAUUUCAAAUGCUGUCUGUGUAUGUCUGUGUACCCGAGUCUGCUCUAUAAAGGAAAUCAUUGAUUUUUUUUCAAGCCCAUUUUCAAAGUGGCUGAUUCAUCCCCUACUAAUGAGGCCCUAUCAAGGCCAUUCUCUUAGCCCA